AUGGUAUUAGAGAAAGGAGAAGCAAUACUACCGCCUCACAUUAAACAAGAAAAAAGCACAGAAGAAGAAGAAGAAGAAGAAGAAACAGAAACACAAAAAAACACAAGAUUCAACUCAAAUCUAUACAAUCAAUCAACAGAAUCAAUAAAUUUAUAUAAAUUAGAAAAUGACAGUAGUGACCUACUUGGUAGAUUAUACUAUGAUGAUUAUGACUCCUCAACUGCACUCAACUCUCCAAUGGCAUCAACUUCAACAUCACCAAUGUUAUCACCUGUCCAAGAUGAUGAAUUCCAUUUCACUCCAAUACAACAAGAAGCUCGUCCAUUCACUCCAAUACAACAAGAAGCUCGUCCAUUCAUUCCAAUACAACACGAAAGACCAAAUAUGCCUAGAUUGAAAUCCUUCGAACGUGGAAUAUCAUUCGACACUACUCCACAUGGAACAUCAAAAUCACUCACCCUAAAAGUCAAAUCACCAAAUUUUAAAUUUAGGAGAAAUAAUAAAACUUGGUUGGUUGGAUAUAAUAAUGAUUUUGAAUCUCAGAAGGCAAUUGAAUGGUUGUUUGAUGAGAUGGUCAUAAAUGGAGACACAAUAAUAAUAUUGCAAGUACUUGAUUCAAGAUACCACACUACCAUUGAAAAGCUCAAAGGUGAAUCAAAUCUUGAGUUGUUUGAAAGGUUGAAUGUGCAUAAUAAGAAAGUAUCACUAAUAUUUGAAAUAGUAGUAGGUAAAGCACUCAAGAAUCUAAAAAAGGCAAUUUCUGAAUAUAAUCCAAGCAUGAUGGUCAUAGGAACACAUCACUUCAAAGAGAAAGAAAGAAAAUUCAUGAAUUCAAGCUUAUCUAAACACUUUCUAGAAUGUGCUUUAGUCCCAGUCAUAAUAGUAAAACCAAAUUAUAAAUAUAUCGAAUAUUUGAAUAAACCAAUUGAUAAAGACACCUAUUUUGAAACAUGGGUUAAAAAAAUUGGUGAAUUGAACCAUGAUGAAGUUGUUACAAGACAUAAACGAUCCGGGUUUUUGAGUCCUAACCUUUCUAGAAACAGUUCAUAUACAAAUUUAGUCCAAGAAGAAAGAGGUAGAAAAAAUGGUCUUGAGUUAUUGAAAGUUAAUGAGCCAAGGUCCAGAUCAACUAGCAAAUCAAGGUUUAGUAGAUUUUUCAAAGGCUAG